CUGUAGCGCCGCCACUGUGGGCUAAGCCCCGAAUGUUUCCAGGUCCAGGCAACGCCCCUGGUAAUAUAACAUAAAAAAGAUAUAAAAAAAUAUAUUGAAUUAUAGCAGUAUUCACUUUGUUGAAUAAUUUAUUCCCAGACCUCAAAAAAGAUUUGCCUUUUGGUCCGAUCUCAAAGGGAAACGUUAUGUAGCCCUAAGCCUCUUCUGUAAUAUACACAUGAUCAGGCUUUUGGAUGUUUUCUUUCCAGUUGUUUGGAAACACCCAGCAAGAACAUCUUAACAUAUACUAGUGCAUAACAAAGGCUGUUGAGUCUAAUGAAAUAUCAUGGAUACAUCACAAAGUGUCAAAACUCUCACCAACAAUAAUACCCCUUAAAGAGUUACGUAUCAACCAGGAAGGAUGGAAUACAUGGGGGGGUUGUGCAUGUCAUCAGGAAAUGAUAAAUGGGUGCUUCACCUCUGAGGGCUUCCAGUAAAACGGUGUUAAGGUGAGACCGCAGGGAGCUUCAAUUAUACAUCGUCCAGGACGAGGAGGUGACAGAGGAGACGGAAAGUAUAAGAAACCUGAGCAUCACACUCAGGUGAGCUGCACUCAGGUGAGCUGCUGCUGAACAUGGACCUGCCAUCUCUACUGCUCUGCGUCCUGCUGCACGCCCUGGCCGUCCGCUGUCAGAGCGCUCGUAUCGUGGGAGGCUACGCUCCGGUGCCGUACCUGAUCAACUACAUCGUUUCCAUCCAGACGACUCAGAGGCAGCAUGUGUGCGGGGGGGCGCUGAUCAACAAGCACUGGGUCCUCACCGCCGCGCACUGCAACAUCGGGGUGAAGAACAUGAUGAUAGUAGCAGGAGAUUACUCUCUGGCCAUCUAUGAAGGCACAGAGCAGCAGAUCCUGCCCCAGCUGCUGGUGCCCCACCCCGGGUACAACAGCACCAACACAGACAGCGACAUCAUGCUCAUCAAGCUGAAGGCCCCGGUCUACCUGAACAGCUUCGUCUCCAUCGCCCUGCUGCCUCGACACGGCGCCUCCAUCUCUGAGGGCAGCAUGUGCCGGGUGUCGGGGUGGGGGUACACCAGCCCCAGCGGGGGGCAGAUCCCCUCCACGCUGCGCACCGUCAGGCUGCCCAUCGUCUCCUCACUGACCUGCAACAGCAGCCAGUCGUUCAACGGCAGGAUCACAGAGAACAUGCUCUGUGCCGGGUUCAGCAUCGGGGGGAAGGACGCCUGCCAGGGGGACUCCGGGGGUCCUCUGGUCUGCGAGGGCCGGAUCUACGGCUUGGUGUCCUGGGGCUACGGCUGUGCGGACGCUCAGUACCCCGGAGUCUACACGGCCGUGUCCAAGUUCCGCCGCUGGAUAGACAACACCAUCUUCAGCUACUACAGCCGCUGCACCAGCGAGUAGACACAGCCGCUGCAAACCCCAAAC